CGCAAUUUGCCAAGCAAGCACACAAUGUAUACUUUCUCUUCUCUCUCUCAUCAUCACAAGUAGUCCAUCCCCUAACUCUCCUCCCAAUAUGUCAUUCAAAUCAAUCCCAAUAGAAGAUUUUGAUAAAGUCCUAGGCUCCACUUCAACAGAAGUUUCAAGUGUUGCUUUGGGCGGUAAGAUUGUUGCAUUUUCUGAUGAAUGGUUUGCACCAGCAUCAGAUUUACUCAAAGUUGGUCCUGCACCAAGUAUGAAAGGUCAAUUUGGUCCAAAAGGUGCACUUUUUGAUGGUUGGGAAACUAGAAGACAUAAUCCAACAUAUGAUUGGGUAAUCGUUCGUUUAGGUCCUGCUGCAGGUGCUUCCAUCGUUGGAUUUGAUGUGGAUACGGCAAACUUUAAUGGAAACGAAGCUCCAGAAGUUGAAGUGUUUGGCUUGCAUCUUUCGCCUGCAGAGGAAAAGCAAGCACCUAUCAUCAGUCAAAAUGAUCCUCGUUGGAUGCCUCUUUUACCAAGAGUUCCUUGCAAUCCCUCUUCUCGUCACUUGUAUGCAUUGAAAGAUACUAGCUCACAAAAGCAAGAACUUUUGUACACCCAUGUCAAGUUGCACAUGAUCCCUGAUGGAGGUAUCGCUCGUUUCCGUGUGUAUGGAUCUAUUCAUGCUCCCCCGAUCGGCUUGGGUGUGAAUGAAUAUGCUACGAGCAGUAAUGAUGACGGACGCUUGAACGUGUUGGAUCUCGCACAUACAAUGAAUGGAGGUCAAGUCGUAUUCACCAGCGAUCAGCAUUUCGGCGUUGGACCAAAUGUUCUCUUGCCUGGAAGAGGCAAAGACAUGGGCGAUGGUUGGGAAACCAAACGAUCUCGUGCUCCCGGUCAUAAAGACUGGUUGAUCAUCAGAUUGGCAGAGCCUGGGUUGUUGAAUUAUGCAGAGAUUGAUACUGCACACUUUCUUGGAAACUUUCCUGAAUCCGUUGAAUUGCAUGGUUUGAGCUUUGAUGGACAGGUGCCUCCAACUGAAUACGAUGACAGUAAAGCAGAAUGGGUUUCCAUCUUACCAAGAGCAAAGACCGGUCCUGGAAGACAACAUUAUUUCCCUUUGACCAACGUUGAAGGAAAGACGUUCAGUCAUGUACGUGUGACAAUGCAUCCUGAUGGAGGUAUCAAGCGUGUUCGUAUCUUUGGACGAAGAAGUGCUCCUUUGAAGGAACACACUGGACCUCUUCCUGUCGUUGCUUUGCCGGGAGGAUCAGACAAGGAUCUACCUGAUCAACCAAAAUCGUUUGCCAAUUUAGCUGGCGCAGCCGGUGCAGCCAUACAGAUUGGAUUUUUAGGUGUACGUAAUCUUGAAGUGGGCGACAAGAAAGCUGCCGCUUUAAAGGCCAUACCUUUAGACAGAGACAGCUUUGCAGAGUAUGGGGAUGUAAUUGCAUCGCCCAAUGCUCUUGCCUUGCCUGAACAACCAUUCAAAUCGGUCAAUCAAGGUACAGCACAAAAGUAUGAAUCUUUGUCAGAUUCUGUAUCCUUUUAUCCUUCCGAAGCACAGGCGAAAUCCAAUAUUCACGUUUAUAGAUGCACGCCCCCAAAAGAUUCAUUAACAGCCUCCUCCAACGGUUCUUUCGGCGUUCGCGUUUUAGAAAGACAUCAAUUUACCAAACAAACUUUUAUUCCGAUGGGCAGUAAAGAAGGCUACCUCGUAAUUGUUGCAAAGAAUGGUAAAGAUGAUCUACCCGAUUUGAGCACGUUGGCAGCUUAUGUUGCAACAGGAGAACAAGCAAUCUCGUAUGGUGCAGGUACAUGGCAUCAUCCAAUGAUCGCUCUGGGUAAACAACCAACGGAUUUUGCCGUCGUCGUUCAUGAAUCCGUCAUUCAAGCUGAACUCAAUUGCGAUGAGGUCUUUUGGGACAAAGAUGUUGCACAAGUGACACUCUAG